CCCUACAUCAACACAUUUCAAGUAAAAAAAAAUAACGUAUAUUCAUAUUUCGAGAUACGGUUUCACAAAAAUCACUUUCUUGCCUCUUUUUCCUCUUCGUUCCGUACACAAACACAAGCCGCUCUACGCCGGAAACCGUCAUCGAAAAACGUGCUGAGAAACUGUUAAUUUUUAAAUCUUGGAAUUAAGAGUGCUGCAUUUCAGAAAUUAGUUCUAAAUUAAAUCAAAUUAACAACAAUACUUCAUUAUAAUUCAGAACUUAUUAUUAAUUAAUAUUGAUUUUUGAAACAUUAAGCAAAAUUUAGCUUUCUUUAAAUGUGAUUAUUUUACCUGUGUUUGCAAUGUGUAUAAUCUGAUGGCAGCUGAUGGAAACAGUUUUGAAGAAUUCCAAUUGGAACCAUUUAUUCAUCAGGUUGGUGGGCAGUCUUCCAUUUUACAACUGGAUGACACAACAAUAUGCAAAUAUCUCAAUUUACAGGAAUUAAAUUUUUACACUUCUAUUCCUGACCAAUUAAAAGCACUGGUUCCAGAUUUUAAAGGAGUUGUUGAAGUUAAUUUUACUGAAGAUAGUGAUGGAUUUUUGAUGCUAACUGCUCAUCCUUCUGAUAAAUUUAUAUUGAAUUCUCAUUUGCAAACCUUACAACAAAAUAGAAGUGAAAAAAAGACUAAAUGCAGUUUAAAUUUCUCCUCUUCAAGAAUUCGUGUAAAUCAUACUGGAAAUAUAGAGAUUGUAAAUGAGUUAGAAGAAGAAGAACAGAUAUUUGAAGAAGGUGAUCAAACUGAUGGAACUGUUAGAAGUUCUCAUAAUCCAUGGGCAUUGCGUUGUCACAGAAAGCAAUUUAAGAAGUUGAAAGCAAAUUCAUCUUCUAUUGCUUUUUCUAAUCAUGGUAGGAAAUUUUUGAAUAUUAUAUCAACUAUUUCUUAGUAUACUUAUAUAAAU